UGUUUAUACUACACCACCAGUAAGUACUACUACUGGUUUAGCACUAGUUUUAUGAGAUUAAUUGAAAAAUUAUGAUGUUUACAAAUAAAAUAUCAAUGUUUUCAUUCUGCUUUCCACGUCGAAGACAUCCACCACAAAUCUACAACAUAUUCAGAGCUGCCGAGAGAUGUUUGAAGGCUCCAUCCACCCCACGCAAACAACUUCAGACUGCAGUUUAUCAGCAGGUACUUGACGAAUCAUCCCAGAAUGCCAUCUGACAGCCAAACAAUCAGUUUGGAACUCUGAGGAUGACUCCUCCAGAAACCUCCAGCCACAGAUGCCCGUUCUUCAGCUCAUGGCUGCCCAGGACGACUCAACACUCUCGGGCUUCCCUCGUGCGGACCUGCACUCUGUAAAGUGGAUCCGAAGCAGAACAGCAGCUCAAGCCGGUCUCCUUUAGGAAAGGGCACGUUCAUUCAGACCUCGUCUUUCAGCUUACAAGCACACAAAGAACAAGACCUUCAGAGCCGAAGCUUUCAGAUUGCUAGAGGAAGUGCAGGCAAUCAUAUGUAAAGAUGGAGCAGGAGAUUUCAAAAGUGCAGCGCAAGAUGUCAGACCUGGAGUCAGUUCUGCAGCAGAAGGACGUGGAGCUCAAGGCUUCAGAAACCCAAAGAACCAUCUUAGAACAAGACUUGGCCACCUAUAUCACCGAAUGCAGCAGUUUGAAGCGCAGUUUGGAGCAGGCCCGCAUGGAGGUUACGCAGGAGGAUGAUAAAGCUCUGCAGCUCCUGCACGACAUACGGGAGCAGAGCAACAAACUGCAGGAAAUCAAAGAACAGGAGUACCACGCUCAGCUGGAGGAAAUGCGCGUUUCUAUUCGUCAGCUGGAGGAGAACCUGUCCGCCGCUCGCCGCCGCAGCGACCUGUACGAAUCCGAGCUGAAAGAGUCUCGCCAGACCAGCGAGGACCUCAAGAGGAAGGCUGUGGAAUACCAGCAGAAGAUUCAGAAGGCCAAAGAACAAGGCAAAACUGAGAUGGAAGAACUUCUGACCAAAUUGCAGAAGACCAAUGCAGAGCAGCAAGUGAAGGUUGAAGAACUCCAGGAGAAGCUUGCCAAGGCCGUGAAGGCGAGUACAGAAGCCACUGAACUCCUGCAGAACGUCCGGCAGGCUAAAGAACGUCUGGAGCGAGAUCUGGAGCGUCUGCAGACCAAAGAGGACUCCACCGACAGCCUGCGCAGACGCCUGCGAGACACUGAGGAACUCGAAGAGAACUUGCGUGAAACACAAGCAACAGCGCAGCGUAUGGAAACACACCUGGAACAGAAGAAAAAGCUUUAUGAAGACAAGAUCAAGGUUUUAGAGGCUCAAAUGAAGGCUGAUUUGGCUGAAAAGGAACUGCUGGAGUCCAAGCAGAACACGUAUGAGGAGGAAUCUCGCGAGCGGGGAAAAAUGAUCAGUGACCAGACAGCGACGAUCAAUGCCAUGGAGUCAAAGAUGAGCAAUCUGGAGCAGAGGAUCACUGAGCUGUCCGAGGCCAACAAACUGGCAGCCAACAGCAGCAUUUACACGCAGAAAAACAUGAAAGCCCAAGAGGAGAUGAUCUCUGAACUCAGGCAGCAGAAGUUUUAUCUGGAAUCUCAGGCAGGAAAACUGGAGGCCCAGAAUGCAAAGCUGGAGGAACAUCUGGAGAAACUGACACAACAAGAGCAGACUAACAAGAGCAGAGUGCUGGAACUGGAGGCCAGACUGCGAGAGGCCCAUCGGGAUGAAAUCCAACGCAAGUUUGAUGCCCUGCGAGACAGCUGUGCGGUGAUCACGGAUCUGGAAGAGCAGCUGUCGCAGCUGGCGCAAGAAAACUCUGAGCUGAACCGACAGAACUUCUACCUGUCCAAACAGCUGGAUGAGGCCACGGACGAGAACGAGGACAGACUGCAGCUCAAGCAGGACGUGGAGCGCCUGCGCCGGGAGGUGGCCGACCGAGAGAUGCACCUCAACAACCAGAAACAGAACAUCGAGACGCUGAAGACCACAUGUACGAUGCUGGAGGAGCAGGUGCUGGAGCUGGAGACGCUGAACGAUGAGCUGCUGGAGAAGGAGAGACAGUGGGAGAACUGGAGAUCUGCCCUGGAAGAGGAGAAGAACCAGGCGGAGCGCCGAGCCAGAGACAUACAGAGACAACUGGACAACGAGAAGCAGAACAGACUCCGUGCAGAGCAGCGCAAUUCUGAGUCUCGUCAGGCCGUUGAACUGGCGGUCAAAGAGCACAAAGCUGAAAUCCUGGUUCUGCAACAGGCCCUGAAAGACCAGAAACUCAAAGCUGAAGGUCUUUCUGAUACGCUGAGUGAUCUGGAGAAGAAACACGCCAUGCUGGAGAUGAACGCACACAGCCUGCAGCAGAAGCUGGAGACGGAGCGAGAGCUCAAACAGAGGCUCAUGGACGAGCAAGCAAAACUGCAGCAGCAGCUGGACAUGCAGAAGAGCCACAUCUUCAGACUGACUCAAGGACUUCAGGACGCGCUGGACCAGACGGACCUUCUGAAGACCGAGCGGACAGACCUGGAGUACCAGCUGGAAAACAUACAGGCGGCGUACUCUCACGAGAAGGUCAAGAUGGAGGGGACCAUCACCCAGCAGAGCAAGCUCAUAGACUUCCUGCAGGCCAAGGUAGAGCACCCCUCUAAGAAGAAAAAGGGGCUGUUUGGCGGCAGGCGUCGAGAGGAUCUUCUGGCGGCGCUGGCGGCACAGGGACAGACGCAGGUGCCCGCCGUGACCCCUGUCCCCCUGCAGUACAGCGACCUGAAGGCCGCGCUGGAGAAGGAACGCGCUCGCUGCUCGGAGCUGGAGGAAGCCCUGCAGAAAACACGCCUGGAGCUCAGAGAGGUUCAGUUUAAUAAAGCUCUGGAGCACAGCGGUACUCCAGCCACCCCGGGUUUGGCUCGUCAGCAGCUCAUGAUGUCCACCAAAUCCAACAAAUCCCCCGAGCACCAGCCCAGCAGCGGCCUGAUGUCGUCCAGCUCCGGCCGCAGGAAGGACGCCGCCAAUCCUGAAGAGUACACCAGACGUGUGAAGGACAGGAUUCAUCACAACACUGCUCACCGCUUCACACAGGGGCUCAACAUGAGGGCGGCCCGCUGCACCGUCUGUCUGGACACCGUCCAUUUUGGACGGCAAGCCGCGACAUGCAUCGAAUGUCACGCUUUGUGCCACCCAAAAUGCUCCCCGUACCUUCCAGCCACCUGCGGCGUGCCCACAGAGUAUGCGCUGCACCUGUCCGAGGCUCUGUGUCAGGAAAAGGGAAGCACCUCUGGUCUGAAAGACGUUGGUGGACAUAUGAGGCUGGAAGGAUGGCUGAAGCAGCCCAGAAAUGGAAAGCGUGGUCAGGGCUGGGAGAGGAAGUACGUGGUGCUGGAUGGAUGUAAAGUGAUCACCUACGAGACAGAACCAAGAGACGAGUCGGUGAAACCGCUGGAUGAGUUUGAGUUGUGUCUCUCUGAUGGAGACGUGACUGUUCAUUCUGCUGUCAGUGCUUCUGAGCUGCCCAACACGGCCAAGACAGAUGUGCCGUAUGUGCUGAAGUUGGAGUCGUCUCCGCAGUCGACAUGCUGGCCCGGUCAGACUCUGUACCUCAUGACCUCAGGGUUUUCUGAGAAGCAGCGCUGGGUGGCCGUGCUGGAAGCCAUUGUGGCCAGCAGUCGUGGGGCGAGAGAGAAAGCCGAAGCAGACGCCAAAUUGUUGGGUAACUCCUUACUCAAGCUAGAAGGAGAUGAUCGCCUGGAUAUCAACUGCACCCUCCCGCUGACUGACCAGAUUGUGUUGGUGGGCUCUGAGGAAGGGCUUUAUGCCCUGAAUGUGAUUAAGAACUCCCUCACUCACAUCCCGGGUAUGGGAUCCGUGUUUCAGAUCCAUAUCAUCAAGGAGCACGACAAGCUGCUGAUGAUCGUGGGGGAUGAGCGGGCACUGUGUCUGAUGGAGAUUAAGAAAGUGAAACAGUCUCUGUCCCAGUCUCACCUCCCCACGCUACCCGAGAUUGUGCCGUACAUCUUUGAGACCGUCAAGGGCUGUCAUCUGUUCGCCGCGGGCAGGAUAGAAAAUGGUCCGUGCAUUUGUGCUGCAAUGCCUAACAAAGUCACAAUUCUACGAUACAACGACAAUCUGAACAAAUUCUGUAUACGGAAGGAGAUUGAAACGCUCGAGCCGUGCAGCUGCGUCCACUUCACCAGCUACAGCAUCAUCAUUGGUACCAAUAAAUUCUACGAGAUUGAGAUGAAGCAGUGUGUUCUGGAUGAGUUCCUGGACAAGAAUGACGUGUCGCUGGCAUCGGCUGUGUUCACUGGAUCCUCCCACUGUUUCCCAAUCUCCAUCGUCCAGGUGUCCAGCACUCCGCAGAAGGAAGAAUAUCUGCUCUGCUUCCACGAGAUUGGUGUGUUUGUGGAUGCUUACGGUCAAAGAAGUCGCCCUGAUGAUCUCAAGUGGAGUCGACUUCCCCUGACAUUUGCAUUCAGAGAGCCCUAUCUGUUUGUGACCUACUUCAACUCGCUGGAUGUUAUUGAGAUUCAGGGACAUGCAGCUCUUGGGCCUCCCAGUCUUGUUCACCUGGACAUUCCUAACCCACGUUAUCUGGGUCCGGCCAUAUCAUCUGGUGCCAUCUAUCUGGCCUCGUCCUAUCAGAACAAACUGCGGGUCAUCUGCUGUAAGGGCAGCCUGGUGCGGGAGUCUGGGGAACUGCAGAGGACCGGUUCUAGCAGGAGCCCAAACAAGCGCGGGCCGCCCACCUACAACGAGCACAUUUCCAAGCGCCUGGCCUCGGGUCCCGGGGCCCAGGAGGGGCCGCUGCACCGCGAGCCCAGCACCCCUCACCGCUACCGCGAGGGCCGCACAGAGUUCCGGAGGGACAAAUCUCCGGCCCGGCCUCUGGAGCGCGAGAAAUCGCCCGGUCGGGCUGUGCUAGACAGCCGCAGGGAGAGAUCGCCAGGGCGCUUCGAGAGCAGCGGCAGCGAGAGAGACCGGGAGCGUUCGCGCCUUCACUCUAGCUCUGUACGCACCCAGCUGACCCCCGUCAACAAGGUACGCAUGAGACACUGCCACGUAAACUGUGUAUCCUCUUAGGGAUACAAACAUCAGGUUUGACGAUGUUCAUGCAUGCUCAAAUGCAUGAACAUCCGCUGCUUUGUAGUUAAAUUCCUUCUAGUUAUGGCCUCAAACAGGAUGCUCAGCAGCAGUAAUGCAGCAGUAAUGAUGUUUCUGAGCUGAUCUGCGUCAGACAGGGCAGGCAGCCAGUUGAAGUGUUGAAGUGACCUCUUUAUCCUGGUGGUGGUGUAGGUUUGGGACCAGUCUUCAGUCUGAGAGCGUCCCGGAGGGAUUACGUAAGAGCCAUCGUCCACCUCCCGCGUGGAUGGACUUGCCCUUUUAACAGGCGCUUCGUAAAGCUCUGAACUAUAUCAUCUCAUGCCUGUAACCGUGAACAGAGCCAUGUUAUUCACUCGCAGCCCCAGAGUCUGGGACAUUGUGCUGAUGUUGUAAACUCUGUCCAUGCUGUAACUAUUCAUGAAGGUCCAAUGUAAAGAAAAGCAACUGCGAUUUUUUGGGAAAAGACUUUGAAGAAUAUCCCGGGUUCAGUACGGUAAGCUCUGACAACAGCAUUUUGUGGCAUAACGGCCAUUACUGCAGAAAAAUGUUUUUGAUUCUCCCCUUAUGUAAAAAUUGUGGUAACAGUAAGACAUUUACAAUGGAAGUAAAACAGGAACAGGCACUUUAUGAGUUUAAGGCAAGACACUACAAGCAAACCCAUUUGUUUUUUUUCAGGCACUGGUAAAUUUUGCGAUUUUGGGCAAUUUUAACUUUCAUUUUUCUAUCUAGUGAAAAGUUAUUUUUAUACACUUUAUCUAUUAGCAUCACUAGAUUUCAAUUAUAAUACACUGGCCAUUUCCUCGAAAGGAGUUUUUUCCACUUCAGCAGCACUUAGAGCAAAUUUUACAGUUUCAUUCCUAUCUAAAUUCUGAAGGUUUUUACAGA